AUGACUCCAAUACUUGAAUCUGAAUUUUCUAGGACGAUAUUUUGCGAAAGCUGUACGGUUCUUUUUAAGCAGACCAGAAUUCGCGAAAAACAAGGAUUUUUCCUACUAUUGAAGAUCCUAACCAGGAAUGUGGAAGUUUACACUACAUCGACAACUACAGUACCGUCCGCGAACGGCGCCAAUGUCGAACGUCAGGUCCCAUGA